UUUUUUGAAAUCCACCCCAUUACCUGAUGACCCGAACAUUUCAUGGUUUCAGAAAAUAAUGGAAUUCUGGCUAAAUAAAGGGGUUUCGGGAUUCCGCGUAGAUUCACCAAUGCUCUUCAUGGAAGACCCUGAUCUCCAAGAUAAUCCACCAGUCGAUCCAAACACCCCAACGAUGAUGAUUUAUGAUGCGGUUCCACAAACUGCUAAUCAUCCUGACACGUUUUUCUUCAUCAAAGAAUUGAAUGAAUGGAUUCGAAAAUAUGAUCGAGAAACCCACAGAGAAAACUACACGCCCAUGAUUGGGGAAAUAUGGGGAUCGGUUGAAAACCAAAUGAAAUACUUCGAGGACCCGGAGGAUCAUCAUCCAAUGAUCGAAAUGCCAUUCAAUUACACCAUCACCAGGUUGAAUAAAUAUUUAAAUGCUAAUCAACUUAUAGACCUACUGCACACUUGGAUAGAUAAGCUACCAAAAGGCAAACCAUCAAAUUGGGCAUUGGGUAAUCACGAUAGUAGAGGCAGAAUCGCGUAUUGGUUUAACGAAGAAUAUAAUUAUAUCUUACUAGCAUUGGUGUCCAUGUUACCCGGUGCCUCGACAGUGUACUAUGGUGAAGAACUGGGUAUGUCGAUCAACAAAGCAUUUCAAGGAGUCGAUGCAACGAACAGAGAGUGGGUUCGUACACCAAUGCAGUGGGAUGAUUCAGAAAAUGCAGGAUUCAGUGAGGCUGAAAAGACAUGGACUCCGGCGCAUCCAAAUUAUUGGCGGGUCAACGUCAGUGCUCAGGAAAUAGACCAGAACAGUUCAUUGCACUACUUCACGAAUUUAAUGAAGUUGAGAAAAACUGAUGCAGGAACAAACGGUGAUUUGGAGUUCCAUAUUUUAUCAGAAUGGGUACUGGCUUUUUCGAGAACUGACAAGGAAACCAAAACCAGUUACCUUAUUUUGAUGAAUUUGGGAUCAUACUUCGAAACCAUAGACUUGAGGAAAGAGAUAAUCAAAAAUGAUGAGGAAACUUUGACCGUAUUUUUUUCCAGUCCUAAUUCACUGCACAAAGAAAGCACUAUAACAACAUUGUCAGAUCAUCCUCUUCAACUUAGACCUCAUUCUGUUAUUAUUUUCGAGCAUAAGCGGAACUGGGCAAAAAGGGCAAAAACAAUGGAUGCCAGCUCUUCACAUUUGAGUACAUAAUUGAAUCUGAAGCAUAAGACAAGGUUAUUCCUAACGACAGCUGCAUCAGGUUUUUUAGUCCAGUCUUGAUAUGUAGAGUCAUGAAUGAUAGAAUGCUAUGU